AUGCUCUGGGCACCCUCGGCUGCCCUCCUGCCUGCUGCACUCCCUGCCCUCCUGCCUGCUGCAUUCCUUGGGGUUCCCCAGGCACCUUCGGCUGCCCUCCUGCCAGCUGCACUCCCUGGGGUGCUCCGGUCACCCCCAGCUGCUCCCCUGCCUGCUGCUCGCCCUGGGGUGCUCGGGUCACCCCCGGCUGCCCCCCUAGCUGCUGCUCUCCCCGGGGUGCUCCGGUCACCCCCAGCUGCCCCCCAGCCUGCUGCUCUCCCUGGGGUGCUCCAGGCAUCCUCGGUUGCCCUCCUACCUGCUGCACUCCCUGGGGUGCCCCGGGCACCCUCGGCUGCCCUCCUGCCUGCUGCACUCCCUGGGGUGCCCCGGGCACCCUCGGCUGCCCUCCUGCCUGCUGCACUCCUUGGGAUGCCCCGGGCACCCCCGGCUGCCCUCCUGCCUGCUGCACUCCCUGGGGUGCUCCGGGCACCCCUGGCUCCCCACCUGCCCACUGCACUCCCUGGGGUGCCCCGGGCACCCUCGGCUGCCCUCCUGCCUGCUGCACUCCCUGGGGUGCUCCGAGCACCCCCGGCUGCCCCCCUGCCUGCUGCACCCCCUAGGGUGCCCCGGGCACCCCCGGUUGCCCCCCUGCCUGCUGCACUCCCUGGGGUGCCCCGGGCACCCUCGGCUGCCCUCCUGCCUGCUGCACUCCCUGGGGUGCCCCGGGCACCCUCGGCUGCCCUCCUGCCUGCUGCACUCCCUGGGGUGCCCCGGGCACCCCCAGCUGCCCCCCUGCCUGCUGCACACCCCGGGGUGCCCCGGGCACCCCCGGCUGCCCCCCUGCCUGCUGCACUCCCUGGGGUGCCCCAGGCACCCCCGGUUGCCCCCCUGCCUGCUGCACUCCCUGGGGUGCCCCGGGCACCCCCGGCUGCCCUCCUGCCUGCUGCACCCCCUGGGGUGCCCCGGGCACCCCCGGCUGCCCUCCUGCCUGCUGCACUCCCUGGGGUGCCCCGGGCACCCUCGGCUGCCCUCCUGCCUGCUGCACUCCCUGGGGUGCCCCGGGCACCCCCAGCUGCCCCCCUGCCUGCUGCACUCCCUGGGGUGCCCCGGGCACGCCCAGCUGCCCCCCUGCCUGCUGCAAUCCCUGGGGUGCCCCGGGCACCCCCUGCUGCCCUCCUACCUGCUGCACUCCCUGGGGUGCCCCGGGCACCCUCGGCUGCCCUCCUGCCUGCUGCACUCCCUGGGGUGCCCCGGGCACCCCCAGCUGCCCCCCUGCCUGCUGCACUCCCCGGGGUGCCCCGGGCACCCCCGGCUGCCCCCCUGCCUGCUGCACUCCCUGGGGUGCCCCAGGCACCCCCGGUUGCCCCCUUGCCUACUGCACUCCCUGGGGUGCCCCGGGCACCCCCGGCUGCCCUCCUGCCUGCUGCACCCCCUGGGCUGCCCUCUUGCCUGCUGCACUCCCUGGGGUGCCCCGGGCACCCUCGGCUGCCCUCCUGCCUGCUGCACUCCCUGGGGUGCCCCGGGCACCCCGAGCUGCCCCCCUGGCUGCUGCACUCCCUGGGGUGCCCCGGGCACGCCCAGCUGCCCCCUUGCCUGCUGCGCUCCCUGGGGUGCCCCGGGCACCCCCUGCUGCCCUCCUGCCCGCUGCACUCCCUGGGAUGCCUUGGGCACCCUCGGCUGCCCUCCUGCUUGCUGCGCUCCCUGGGGUGCCCCGGGCACCCUCAGCUGCCCUUCCUGCCUGUUGCACUCCCUGGGGUGCCCCGGGCACCCUCAGCUGCCCUUGCGGAGAUUAACUCUACAAUGCCCCGGGCACCCCCGGCUGCCCCCCUGCCUGCUGCACUCCCUGGGGUGCCCCGGGCACCCUCGGCUGCCCUCCUGCCUGCUGCACUCCCUGGGGUGCCCCGGGCACCCCCUGCUGCCCUCCUGCCUGCUGCACUCCCUGGGGUGCCCCGGGCACCCUCGGCUGCCCUCCUGCCUGCUGCGCUCCCUAGGGUGCCCCGGGCACCCUCAGCUGCCCUCCUUCCUGCUGCACUCCCUGGGGAGCCCCGAGCACCCCCGGCUGCCCCCCUGCCUGCUGCGCUCCCUGGGGUGCCCCGGGCACCCUCAGCUGCCCUCCUGCCUGCUGCACUCCCUGGGGUGCCCCGGGCACCCCCGGCUGCCCCCCUGCCUGCUGCACUCCCUGGGGUGCCCCGGGCACCCUCGGCUGCCCCCCUGCCUGCUGCACUUCCUGGGGUGCCCCGGGCACCCCCGGCUGCCCCCCUGGCUGCUGCUCUUCUUGGGGCGCCCCGGGCACCCAGGGUUGCCCCCCCACCCGCGGAGCUCCCGGGGGUGUCUCGGUCGCCCCCGGCUGCCCCUCCGCCCGCUGGGCGGCAGCUCCGCUUCUAUUUCGGCCUUGCGUCUUACGAGCGUGUCGUCUCCCGCCUCGGCCCCGUGCCCGGGUUCUCUUCGCUUGGCUUCCCCAGCUGCCUCUUGUCGGCAGCUCCUGCCGCUCCUCCCCCGGCAGCUCCUGCUGCCCUCUUGCCUGCAGCCGGACCUAGUUCCAUGAUUGGUCCUGCUGCACCUCUGGCAGUAGCUCGGCCAUCUCCACAUCCACCGCUUGCUGCUCCCUUGCUGGCAGCUGCCCCACCCCCGGCGGCUUCUGCUGCUCUUCCCUUGGCAGCUCAAGCUGCUCUCCCCCGGGCGGCCCCUGCUGCCCUCCUGCCUGUGGCCAGGCCUGGUUUCCCGUUUGGUCCUGCUGUGACUCUGGCUGUAGCUCGGCCAUCUCCACUUCUACCGCUUGCUGCUCCCUUGCUUGCUGCUCCCUUGCUGGCAACUCCUGCUGCUCUUCCCUUGGCAGCUCUCGCUGCUCUCCCCCGGGCGGCUCCUACUGCCCUCCUGCGUGUGGCCAGGCCCGGUUCCCCGAGUGGUCCUGCUGCACCUCUGGCUGUAGCUCGGCCAUCUCCACUUCUACUAUUUGCUGCCCCCCAGCCGGCAGCUCCUGCUGCCCUCUCGCCGGCACCUCCUGCUGCCCUCUCGCCGGCACCUCCUGCUGCCUUCUCGCCGGCACCUCCUGCUGCCCUCUCGCCGGCACCUCCUGCUACCCUCUCGCCUGCACCUCCUGCUGCCCUCCCGCCGACACCUCCUGCUGCCCUCCCGCUGACACCUCCUGCUGCCCUCCCGCUGGCACCUCCCGCUGCCCUCCUACCUGCAGCUCCUGCUGCCCCCCCGCCGGCAGCUCCAGCUGCCCUCCCGCUGGCCGCUCCUGCUGCUCUCCCUUCGGCAGUACCUGCUGCUCGUCUGCCGACCGCGCCUGCCGCCCUCUUGCCUGCGUCUCUUGCUGUCCUCUCGCCGGCAGCUCCUGCUCCCCUCUCGCCAGCAGCUGCUGCUCCCCUCUCACCGGCAGCUCCUGCUGCCCUCCCGCCGGCCGCACCUGCUGCUCCCUUGCUUGUGGCUUCCGGGCCUCCCCCAACAGCCAGUUCUGCUGCCCCCCCUCCUGCCUCGAGGGCUGGGUCCCCGCUGGACUCCAUUGCUGCACUUCCGCCCGGGCUCUCCGUCUCUGUUCCUGCCUUUGGGCCAGGCGGGGCCCGCGCGGAGCUGUGA